UCUGUAAAUCACAUUGAGUUGGAGAUUUGAAGGUGCACAAGCUGAGAUGUGUUAGAGGCUACACCUGUUAAAGACUGAGGUUCCAGUGUAUUAUUUUUCAUGUGUUUGGAUACCGGCAUCAUUUGGGGAAAUGAUUGGGAUAAGCUACACAUCUUCAUUCAUUUUGAUCCUGAGUCUGUCUCUCAUUUCAGAGGACAUUGAAAGGGCAGUUCAAGUUGCGAUUGAAGUGAAUGAAGAGUUUACUUCUGAUCAUGGAGACCCAUCAUCUAAUAUAUAUAAUGAAUUUGUUGAUAAUUUCAUACUUAAGGUUGACCCCUUGUAUCGUCAUAUAUCUAAUUUUGUGAGUGUGGAGAACAUAAGUCUAAGUGCUGGGGGACCGUUAGUAACACAAAACAGGCAUAGAGGAAAAAGAAGCUUGCCUUUGAAUGAAAAUCCACGAAGUCUGAAAGUUAAGCAUGAUGCUAUUUUUACCAUUAAAAAUGAUGAAAAUGCCAACGAUGAUUAUAAUUAUGUACUCAAAGAGGUGAAUGAGACUCUCCAAGACUUAAAAAACAUUUCAGACUUAAGUGUAAAUACUGCCGCUGCAUCACCGACUGAGCUCAAUGCCAAAGAGUUGUGUGCUGAGGCUACAAAAAAUCUUACUGAAGACUUCCAAAAGUAUUAUGUUGGUGUUAUGUCGGGUGGCAAAGUGACAUGUGUGACUUCAUGCAAUAACAAUCAUCCUCAACCAAAAACGUGUAUGAACAGCGGCACCUGUGCAGUUGCUAAACAAGGUCCAACCUGCUAUUGCCACCAAACUGAUGCUAAGUGGUUCUUGGGAGAGGACUGCAGUUUCCAGGUGUACAAGGUUGGAUUAUAUGCCGGAUUGGGAAUAGUAGCAGCCAUUGCAGUAAUAACUAUAGCAAUCCUGACAGUUUAUCUCGUGAUAAACAAACGGACGGUAAAAAGGAAUAAAGACAUUAAGCAAGAGCUAGUGAAAGAAUGGUUAGAUGAUGACUUUGAGUGGCCACCACAAAACAAAACAUCAUACUCAGAUGGCACGUAUGAUAAUCCUGUAUACUCACGUAAGCAGGACAGUUUUGGAAAACCAGAUUUCUCUGCAGAUCGAUUCUACACCCAGAAUUUCUCACCUGAUCCUGAUAUUCAUCUCCGCUAUCUUCAGAGAGAUCAGCCUAUGAAAAUGGACAGACCUCAGAUCCGGUCAUCAUUUGAUAUUUAGUGUGAUUUUCUAAACGCAUGGAAUUUAACACAAGUAGGGUGGCUCUGUUUGACAUAUUGAAUAUAUUUGUUGCUUUGAUGCUUUCAAAAUAUCCAGUCUUGAUGUAUUAAGCUCAAUUUAGUUGCAAAUAGAGUUCUAUUUAUACCAUACAAUUUAGCAGUAGUACAAUUGUGCAUAUAUUCUGUAUCUCAGAUGUGUGACAAACAUUGUCCGACCAUAUGUUUCAUUACAUGAUGAAGAGAAGCAGUGAAACUUCAGAAAUGCCCUGCUACCCUUCAGAUAUAUUAUUAAAAUAAUGAAGGUAGCAAAAUAAGAAUAUAGUGUAGAACUAUAUAAUUUUACAGGUUUUACUUUGUUAGUGCUCUUCAGGUGUCUUUGUGUUUUAUUAUUGUUCAUUAUGACAUUGCAUUAAUAUGAAUUGGUUUGUAAAUUACAUAUUGACCACAAAUUAUUUAUUAACAUUACUUCACAAAUUAUUUAUUAUCAUUAUACUCCACAUGUUUGUAAAUUGACACUUGCUUAUGUUCAAAUUAAUAAAUAUCUAUAUUCUCAA